AUGAUAGAUUUAGAGACAUCAAUUUUGUUCACAGCACCACCAUUGCCAGGAGUGGAGGCCGGUGACGGAGCAGUAGUCGAAGCUCGUGGAGAAAUAGUCGGCGCCAUAGCAAGUGGUGAAGUUCCAAUAGACGAAGAAGGAGGCACGCCCCUUGGAGCAAGGGACAAAGACGGUGUUGAAGCCGGAAGAGUUGCCACAAAUGUCGAAGGACUUAUUGAGAUUCCAUAUAUUUUCGAUGAGAACACUGAUGAGGAUCCUGAGAUUAGAAUUUCUAUGAAGGAUGAAGGGCUAAUUCGGAAGAAAAUGAGAGAGACUAUCUUGGCUAAGGGAAAACCAAUUGUGUUGGAGAAGGUGAGGUUGUAUGUACAAAUUAUGGCGAAGGGUGAUUUGGAGGCCAAAAGGGUGGAGCUGAAGAAUAAUCAAUUGGCUCCGCCUGCGGUAGCCAUGGAGACUACCCCUCCGUUGUCAAAGCCAACCGUGGUGGUGGAGAAGAAGAUGAAUGAGAAUAUUUGCUUAUGUAGUUCCUCAUCCCCUCUUAAGGCAGGCUCUGUUGCCUUGAUAGAAGAGCGUAUCGAUGGAUUAGACAGCUCCCAGGAGGUGAUCAUUCAAAUUGUCACCAAACUUUCAAAAGACGUCAAGACGGUCCUCGACAUGGUCAAUGUUGAAAGAGUAGACAUGAGUGCUAGAUUGAACGUGACCAUGAGAAGUAUGGCCAAGCUCCAGCACGGGGCCAAUCCAAUUCAACAAGAUAAGGAUGCUAGAAUUUAA